AUGCGCGCUCACAGCGAACGCUGUUCCAGCCGAUGCAAACACCAUCUCUUUCGAAGUACAAGUUACUUGUACCAGCCGUCCCUUUCUGCUAAGAGGGAGCACCGACCCCUCAGAGCUGUACGAAAACUCGUCCAUCUACUGUACGCCUCCCACCUCCGGUGGAAGCCUGUUGGUGCGCAAGCAGCACUUCCAGACUACCUCGCCGAAGCCCCUUCUGUCGCAAAACCCGAUAUAAUUCUCGUCAAGCUUCGCCGGGGGCAGGAACUCAACAUCGAGAUGCACUGCGUCAAGAGCUGCGGGAGAGACCAUGCGAAGUACAGUCCGGUCGCUACUGCAACGUCCCGUCUGUUGCCAUAUGUUCGAAUCUUCAAAUCAAUACCAGAGCAGCUGCAAGCGAAGUUUACGCAGAGCUUCUCCCCCGGUGUUAUCGGGAGCAGAAGGAAUAAGCAAUGGGAAUGGGAAGUGUUCGUCAAGGAUGCGAGGAAGGAUACGAUGAGCAGGAACGUCUUCCUUUAUCCCGAGUUUGAGGGUGCGGUCAAACUCACUCGAGUGAGGGAUCGUUUCCUGUUCACGGUCGAGUCAGCAGGGCAAAUGGCACCCAACGCCAUCCUUCCAGAAGCCAUUGCCGUCUUCACGCGAAAGUUGAGAACCGUGUCAAAAGCACUCGACGAGCUCAUGCAUGAGGAUGUAGAGCCAGAGGUGCAGGAGGGGGGAUGGAGCUUGGCGCUUAGUGUUGGGCGGGAUGGUUGUACUAAUACAAUACUGUGUUAUUAA